CACUGCCAUGCAUUCAUAUCCAACAUGUCAACAACACAUGUGUUUGGUGUGGCUAAAACGCGGUAUCUGUUGAUUGCAGAAAAAUAGAACCAAUUCUUCGUUUAAAAACUAUAAAGUUGUGAUAUUUUUGAUUGUAAAAAAACAUGAAGCGAACCGGAAGUAAAGUUCUUUCACCAAAAAAGAAACAGCGCAGUGAAAUUGAAUCGGAGGAAGAGGAAGAUCGCCUAUCCCAGAGCGGAUCUGAACAAGAUGCAGGAGAUGACGAUUCAGCAGAUCAAAGCGAAGAUGAGAUGCAUGCAAUCGAUGAGGAACAGGACUUUGAACAGGAUCCCGAUGAGGAAGAGGAUGCUGAAGAAUCGGACGAUGAACAGCAAGAAACAGACGAGGACGACAAUGAUGAAAAUGAAGAGGGCAGUGAGCAGAACAAAGGUGGUAAUGAAGAUAAUGAUACUCAAAAACAUACACCAUCCAAAAAACAAACUAUUGUCCGGGGCAAGGAGCAUCGUGUGACUCCUUUACUAAAGCAAAAGAAGAAAAAGGCUGGGGUCAUAUACAUCUCCUCCAUUCCGAAACACAUGAAUGUUACUAUCCUCCGAUCGUUGCUCGAACCAUUUGGCGAAAUCGGACGCAUUUACCUGCAGCCCACUCUAAAAGGUGGCAAGCCGAAAUUGAAAACUGCGCAGGGCAAACGAGCUAUGAUACAGUACACCGAGGGUUGGGUAGAGUUCCUUCAUAAACGGGCCGCAAAAGCAGUCGUACCGUUGUUAAAUAUGCAACCGAUCACCAACAAGAAAAAAUCAGUCUUUCGUGACAUACUGUGGAGCAUGAAGUAUUUGUCAGGAUUUAAGUGGAUCCACUUAAACGAACGGUUAGCGUAUGAACGGGCGGUCGCCAAAGAGAAGAUGCGUGAACAGAUUCAACAGAUUCGGAAGGAAGUUUCGUACCACGAAACCAAAGUGCAUCAUAAAGAGAUGGCAAUCAAGAAUGCCGCUAGAGAAAAGAAGGAAAAUAGAUCGAAGAAUAAUAAAAUAUAAUGCUUCUUAUAAAAUUGA